GUCUCUGAUUUGCUGCUCACGUCACAUGGCUACUGUACCACGUGACGUGACUUAUAAUGGCUUCCUACUGCUCUUCGGGAUUUGCGACAAGAUCUGGACUGACCGGUGUCCUUCGCCGAGUGUGCGGUUUUGACCUGUGCAGGUCCCCCACGGUGCGACUGUGUCAGCCACAUCGCCGCUUCUUCUGGAGGAAGUGGAUGAAAUCUCAUUCAUACAAUGUAGUUCGUCCAGCUACUGUCAGGCCUGCUUAUCCCGUACCCAGGCACAUCGAACAGCCGGAUUACGUUGGCACUGGACUGGUCCCAGAAUGGCCUGACUAUAUCGAAAUAAAAAAUGCAGAGCAAAUUGAAGGCCUCGCCAGAGCGUGCCAGCUAGCUCGACAUGUGCUGCUACUAGCCGGGGAAAGUCUGAAAGUUGGUAUGACAACAGAUGAAGUAGACUUCCUUGUACAUCAGGAGACAAUCCAGCACAACGCAUACCCCUCCCCUCUCAGAUAUGGAGGGUUCCCAAAAUCCGUUUGUACUUCAGUCAACAACGUGGUGUGUCAUGGCAUACCUGACAGUCGGCGACUUGAAGAUGGCGAUAUUAUCAACAUCGAUGUCACUGUGUAUUUGGACGGUUACCAUGGUGACACGUCAGAAACCUUCUUUGUCGGCGAAGUGGAUGAGGUCGGCCGGCGACUGGUGGAAACGGCAAAGCAUUGCAGAGAUGAGGCCAUCGCCGCCUGCAAGCCUGGUGCACAGCUUUGUGUUAUCGGAAACACGAUUAGUGAAAUAGCUCGCGCUAAUGGCUUCCAAGUGUGUCCCUAUUUCAUUGGACACGGAAUCGGUUCCUACUUCCAUUGCCAUCCUGAGAUCUGGCACCAUGCCAAUGACAACGACAUGACCAUGGAAGAAGGCAUGACUUUCACAAUAGAACCCAUCCUAAUGGAAGGGUCGGCAGAGUUUCAAAUCCUCCAGGAUAAGUGGACCGCGGUUUCUGCAGACGAUGCAAGAUCGGCUCAGUUUGAACACACGGUUGCUAUCACCUCGGACGGAGUGGAAAUUCUCACCAGAUUGCCAGAAGAGGACGAUAAAAAGAUUCUAGUGUGAAAUUUGACUGUUGGAAACUCUAUACUUGGACACACGCGCACACAUGGACAAAAACAUACUUGAACUGUAAGGUUUCAGGUCAAAUGUUUAAUUCGCAUCUGCAAGACAACAUAUGCAUGCAUGGAUUUCACAUUUCAACAUGUUUUGUUUUGGGGUUUUUUUUCUCCCCUGGCCACGUCCAGUACUACAGCUUUUCAACAUUAGCCUCAGUUGAGUCAUUUUCAUCCUUCUUCCUUGAGAUCAAAUUGGAACAGCACCCUCCACUAUACCAACGUGAGCAUAUCUCCAAUAGAACACAAGUGAUGUGUUUUUCAUAAAGUAACAAUGUUGAA